AUGGCAUCAGCCCCUAUCAACCCAGGUACCUGGGUAGGGGAUAUGCACGAAAAACCAUGGACAACACUGCUGAUUUUUGGUGGUGGUGUCAUCAUCCUGGCAAUUGCCCAUAUACUAUUGAAAGUGAUGGAUAAGUCACUUGAUCAUUGGUCCAACCCAGACCGCCGGGUUACUGAGGCUAAGGUCCGCGCUACUCAAGCUAGCCAACGGGCCAAAAAGGCUAUCCAACUCGCUGAUAAGCGAAUCAGCCAAGCUAUCGAACGGGCAACCAUAGCCGAAACCCAGGCUGCCAAGGCUAGCCAAUGGGCCGCUGAAGUCAACGAGGUAGCCAGCCAGCGAAUCAACCAAGCCAUCAAACGGUCUACCGAAGCCGAGACCCGGGCUGCUAAGACUCUAGCUACCGAGAGGGAGAGGAUACAUGAGCCCCCUAUGGGACUUCCGCAAGUACCUCGCCCUGGGACAAGUAGCCCCUCAGGACGAUAUUUCACCACCAAUACAACUUGGGGCUAUCAACAACACUGGAUCAGGCGCUAUUGGCGGUGGUGGAUCUUUCAUCAAAAGGUUCCUUAA